AUGUUAGUAUUGAAAAACAUGUUCCUUGACAAAAUAAAACCAACUACAGAAAUAAAUGACGCAAGACUGAAACAUUGGGUAAAAGCUUUCCCAUUCACAAAAGAUAUUAUUGGUAACAUGGAAAGAAAACCAGAAUGGCUACAAAAACAUAUAUUUGGAAACGAGCUUAUUCCAUAUGGACAAGCUCUGUUUGAAGAGCUUGAACCGGAAACUCAGGAAAGAGUCAUGCAAACAAUACGCGAAGACUCAAAUACAAACUAUGACAAAAUCUUUCUAGGAUAUAGGUUACCUGAGAUGGGCGACCAGAGCCCAAAGGCAAAAAGGACAUGGGAAAUUUACAACAUACUAGGUGAACAUGAGGCAAAGAUGCAACAACUUGAAGCAGAGGGCAAGUUACCAAAAGCGACACCAAAGAAGAAGAGAAGAGUAGAACAAAGUGAAAAUAGUGAAGAAGUAACUUCAUCUAGUGAAAGUAGUGGCAAUGAAGGAAAAAGAAGAGUUAAAAACUCAGUCAGGAAGAAAGUAAAGCUUGGUCCGAGUGGGUUCUAUUAUGACACAUAA